UUGGGGCUCAAGGUCGCGGAUUGCUGCUCGUGGUCAGAGGACGUGAUUGCUCGUUCACCUUCUCGCCGGAAAAUUGGGGAUCAAGGUCGCGGCUUGCUGCUUUCAUGGCUGUGGGAGGCUAGCUUCAUCGAGAAGACGCGACCCACCAACCUCUGUUUCCACGGCAGGCCCGCCACUCCACGACAAUUCCCCGGCGACUCUCCGUUCGAGCAGAUUUCCAGUCACGCGAGCCCUUUCCGCCGUACCCCGUCGUCAGGCCCAGUGGCGAUUCUCCGGCCAGCCUCCGCCGUGCAUCCCCGCCGUUUGCGCGUCCUCCCUGUCCGCGAACAGCCCUACUUAGCGGCGGUGCAGCAGAGAGUCCCCAACCAACCCACCUUCACGCCGUUACUCCUCUCGGCCGCCUCCGCCGUUUCUCUGCAACGAACCCGCCGUCGCUCGCAUAGACGCGAACCGCCGUCGCCCAGGAGUCCCGUGCUCCAGCCUUCGAACAACCCCUAUCGCCGGCAGCAACCGAGAACCCUCAACCGUGCGCGCGACCCGCCUCUGCUGCAACUCUACGAGUCGAGCCAUCGGCCCAAAAUCGCCAUCUCCGCCGCCGAAUCGAAACUCGCCGUCGGCCGGUUGAAGCCCGUCAAAUCGGACGCCUCAGAUCCGGAAUUGAAAGGAAUUUCAGAAAUUGGAAAAUUUUGUAAAAAGAUUUGA